AUGACCCUAGCGGAUCGCGUGAACAAGGGAGGUUCAGGUGAUUGCGAAAGGCCUCGCUGUAACUCGCUGCAUCGGACACCUCAUCGAGUGCCAAGUGGACUGCACAUAACCUCAGUUGGGGGAUCGGACACAGCAGCGCCACGAGCAAAUCGGGUUGCCGAAGAAGAAGAGGAGGAGGAGGUGGAAACGAGUUGUUUCACCACGAGCCAGUCAGUUGUGGUUACGAGGUAUCCUGGAAAGACGAAUCAAGGCGAGUCGGAGACUGUAGAGCCGGCGGCCGCGAAAGUGAGCAACGCCCUACAAACACUUGAUGUUGGGGACGUCAUUCAAGCCAGAACUAGGGAAAAAUUCGAACUUCAGAGACUUAAUGACCGACUUUCAAGUUUCAUUGAGAGAGUGCGUUUGCUGGAGGCGCAGAACAGGAGUCUGGCGAAGGAGGCGUCGAGUCUGCGCGCGAAUUACUCCGACGACAUCAACCGCCUCCGGGGCGUCUACAACGCCGACCUCGAGCAACUGCGUGGGAGCCUCGCGGCGGCCGAGGAGCGCCGCGCGGAGUGCGAGAUUCGGUCAAAACGCACCGAGGCUGAACUCAGCGAACUGCAAAAAGCACUAAAAACAAAAGAGAACCAGCUUGCCUGCGAUCAAGAACGCUUGAAACGCCUUAGCGAACAGCUUCAGGCUGCUGAAGAUGAGGUCCAAGAAGCUCAGCAGCGGUGUACUGCAAUGGCGGAAGAAAGGGCCAAAGAGGUGCGUGAAUUCCAACGUCUGCAAGAACAACUGAAGGAAGCCUGCAUUGAAAACGACAGACUAUCCGUUGCGCGACACGCAGCCGAAACUGACGCCAAAGUACUUAAGGAGGAACUGGAACAUCGGAAAAAGGUUCAAGACGCGGAACUGCGGGAAUUGUCGGCGUUGGUGCAACGGGAGUCGACACAGGAGGCGAUAGCCUUAUUUCGGACAGAAAUCAUGCAGGUUCUGCGCGAGAUCCAGGCGGAAUACGAGCAACGUCUGGAGGCUGCCAAGGCCGACAUCCACUCGGCCUACGAGAUAAAGGCGCAGGUCCUGCGCCACGCCCAGGUCAGCGGGGGACGCGACAGGGAGCACUACAGGGAGGAGAACGGCCGCCUCCGCAACCUGGUCAUGGAUCAGCGCAGGAAGAUAAGCACGCUCGAAGAGGCGAAUGCCCAUUUGGAGCUGACGCUGCGUGAGCUGAGGGCCGUGAGUCAGGAGCGCCAGAAGGACGGGGAGCAUGCGAAGGAGUGCUUAACAACUGAAUUAAGCGCUUGUCAGGCGGAGCUACAGCGUCUGCGUAUUGAUUUUGAAGCCCUGCUUGAUUCCAAAAUGGGAUUAGAGUUGGAAAUAGCAUCGUAUCGACGACUGAUUGAGUGCGAGGAGGUCAGGUAG